GGGAGGAAGGGGGGGCUGGGGAGGCGGCGGCAGGAGCGGGGGAUGAGGAUGGCCAGGAGGGCUGGCAGCAGCUCAGGCAGCAAAAGAAACAGAGCCGGAAGCAGCAGCAGCAGCAACAACAACAUGAGGACAGCGCCUGGCGGGAAACGGGCGCCGUACCCUUUGCCGUACGGCCUGUGUGGGAUCGCACCGGUAGCGGCAGUGGCGGCAUGGGUGAGGACGGAGCUCCCAUGUACGGCAACAACUCCGCCGCCAACCGCCAUGCCCUGAACCACAACCACCACCCCCAGCAGCAGCACCCAGGCGCCCGACAGCACCUGGGGUCCGCCUUCACCUCCUCGGGGAACAAUGGCAGCAGCACCAUAGGCACCAGCAACCACAGCAACAGUACGGGAGUUGGGGGCGGCAGCGGUUCCGGAGCUGCCCGGCGGCCUGUGAUGACGGAGGAGGAGUUCCCGUCGCUGCUGCCCUCCUCGGGUGCGGGUGCGGGUGGCGGUGGGGGCGGUUGUGAGGGCGAGAAGGAAGAAGACCCCAUCGUCCGGGCGCUUCAGCUGCUCAAGGUCCCCAGCCCCGACAUCCUCACCCCCCACCUGCUCCUGGAGGGCGCCUGCCUGCGACACCUCUACACCGCCAUCUUCCGCGGCCUACCCCGCUUGGCGGACGCGCAGCUCGCCUCCGUACUUUCCCG